AUGACUGACGAUAGCGCUGAUGCUCACAAUGCUUGCAUGAUAAAGGAGGUGGUAGGGCCCACAAGGGUACGGUGCUCCAAAUGUAACUUGAAACAACUUCUUAAGACCAAUCUGACAUCUCUUUUACUAAUGGCGGGUGUGUUUUCUGGAGUAAUCGUCGGUGUGACGUUGAAGAUCGCCGGGAAGAAGUUGAGUCAAAAAGAGAUCACGUACUUCAAGUUUCCCGGCGUGCUUUUCCUACAAAUGAUGAAGAUGGUGAUGAUCCCAGUUGUCGUGUCGAGUCUGUUAACCGCCACUGCCGAUUUUGAUAUCCGGUCAUCCGGUAAGAUCAGUCUCCGUGCCCUCGUCUAUUAUCUUGUCACCUUUGUCAUCGCCUCGUUACUGGGCGUUUUGCUCUGCGUUGUGAUAAAGCCAGGACAAACUGUAUCGUCGGAUGCAAAGACAAAUGGGAUGCCUAAUCCUACAGGAUCACCACUGUACGCUUUCAUGGAUCUAUUUAGGUAUGCGCCGGUGGGCACAGGGUUUCUGAUCGCAGCCACGUUUGCCAGCCUUCCAAACUUGAAUGAGAGUCUCCAGAGUCUGUUAGUGUUUACCCUGGUGGUUAUCGUCGGCCUCUUUAUCCAUGGUUUUCUUCUGCUCCCUUUGCUGUAUCUGGUUAUCGUCCGUAAAAAUCCUUACACCUUUAUCAAGAAUGUCAUUCCUGCCCUGCUGUUGGGAUUCGGGUCAGAAUCCAGCGGAGUGACCCUUCCAGUGACAAUUCGGUGUCUAGAAGAAAAAAAUCAGGUCGAUCCUCGGGUGACUCGGCUUCUCUCCUCUGUCGGGGCCACAAUAAACAUGGACGGUAUUUGUCUGUAUUUCACCAUGAUGACCAUCUUUAUUGCCCAGUUGGAGGGCAUUACCCUUAAUGUGGGCCAGCUAGUAACUGCAAGUCUGCUCGCCAUGUCCACAGCGGUCGGCAUCGGCUGUGUACCCGGCGGACAUGUAGUCUAUAUGACCAUGGUUCCAGCGGCUCUACAACUUCCCGUACACAAUAUCAGUUUGCUGUUCGCCGUAGAUUGGCUCCUAACUCGCUGCAGGACUGUUGUCAACAUUUUAGGAGACUGUUUUGGCGCAGGUAUCGUGGACUCGUUGUCCUCGAGAGAAUUACAUGUGACGAGUGAGUUAUCUUCCCUGGCCAUAGGGGAGAUACAAGAUGAAUUUGACACGGACCAUGCUGUGCGCAAUAUCGACGUCGAGGAGAAAAACAGUUCCACUGGUGAUCGCUGA